AUGGUUCCCAUUCUUGAUGAACAAACAACUCAUACGGACAAGCAAGACUUGGACACUUCAACACUACCGCAACGGAGCGGGCGAACGAUACGCUCCGCCUCGGUCUCAACUGCCAUGAAGCUCCUUGAAUACAAUCCCGCUGGUGGGAUGUGGCAAGCUACCGGCACUGCUAUUGCGCAUGCUCCGAACAGCAGUGAUCUAAGAUCGCCAUACGAGGUGGAUUUCAAUGCGCACGGCCGCAGCGUGCGUCGCAUCAGCACUCAAGAUGAGUUCGGCAACAUAAAAGACACUCAGGUCGAGCAAGUGCUAAAUCUUCCAUGGACCAAAGCAUGCAAAAAUGGAUUCCUCGCAGAGUUCAAAUUUCUGUGUACACCUACUAGCCUCUUCAUCGCUAUAUACGGUCUCAAUGUUGUCGCCUGGAGUGCUAUGCUAUUCUUUCUUUUGCUGAACGUCAGUACGAUGAGCGCGGAGCGUAAAGAGAUUUGGAUCGAGAUCGACUCGCAAAUACUUAACGGGUUGUUCUGCUUAACCUCGUGGGGUCUAGCACCGUGGCGAGUCCGCGAUACAUAUUGGCUGCUCGUAUGGCGCUUGGGCUCAGAGAAAAGCUCGAACAGAUCAAUCAAUCAGCUCGUCAGGCGAAACGUGAGCUGGUUUCGAAUUAUAAAUUCUUGUGUUGAUGAAGAGGCUCCCUGCGAAGAGCUGCCCCAUAAAACCUCUACGGGAAAUAUUGCACCCCCUACCUCCAGCUGGAAAAUGGACUUUGUCGUUAUCAAUAUGUUGUUGAAUAGUCUGUUUCAGAUUGGCAUGGCGACAUUCAUGUGGCAGUAUAACCGCCACAAUCGGCCGAGCUUUGGUGUUGGGCUGUUUAUCGGGCUAGGCUGUCUCAGCUCCCUUUUUGCAGGUGUAAUGUCGUGGUGGGAGGGACGAAAGGUCAAAAAGAUUGAGGGCCCCAUAUUAGAGGAGCCCGAGAAAACCACACGUAUGGAGGUCGAACAGAUAUGA